GUUGACGAAAUCAAAAUGGCGUCUUUCACGGGAUAGUGAUUACCUACAUCCGCCGCAUACUGUAGAUUGAUAAAAAUAAUCGUGGUUUUGAAAAAUUUUAUGUGCAAGUACUGUUUGUGAACAAUAUUGUAAAGUGAUUGUGCCAAACAAAUUAUAUCGUGUAAAUUGGAAUUACUUAUCAACGUAUUCGUCAAGUUUCUACAAGACUCAUGCAGCGGCGCGGUUUUAGAAUGGGCAAGAACGGGUGAGGUGCGCGCGCGUCGCCACGACGCGCAUCGGUCAACAUGUCUUUUUUUAAUAAUCUGAAGAAGGUGCUGCACCUCGGCAGCGGCAACGAUGCGAAAAAGAAAAAGGUGUUCAGCAACAUUCGCGACAACAGCGACCCCAACGAGAACUGGGACAUGAUCGGCGAGCUCGGCGACGGGGCGUUCGGCAAGGUGUACAAAGCGCAGCACAAGAGCACCGGGCAGCUGGCCGCCGCCAAGAUGUGCGUGCUGGACAACGAGGACGACCUCGCCGACUUCACGGUCGAGAUCGACAUACUCACCGAGUGCCGGCACCCGAACGUCGUCGGGCUGCACGAGGCGUACUUCGUCGACAACAAGCUGUGGAUGCUGCUCGAGUACUGCGACGGCGGCGCGCUCGACUCGGUGAUGUCGGAGCUGGAGAAGGGGCUGAACGAGUCGCAGAUCGCGUACGUGUGCCGCGAGAUGUGCGCCGGCCUCGAGUUCCUGCACUCGCGCCGCGUCAUACACCGCGACCUGAAGGCGGGCAACGUGCUCGCCACCAUGGCGGGCGGCGUCAAGCUGGCGGACUUCGGCGUGUCCGCCAAGAACAAGUCGACGCUGCAGAAGCACGACACUUUCAUCGGCACGCCGUACUGGAUGGCGCCGGAGGUGGUGCUCUGCGAGACGUUCAGGGACAACCCGUACGACUUCAAGGUGGACAUCUGGUCGCUGGGCAUCACGCUGAUCGAGUUCGCGCAGAUGGAGCCGCCGAACCACGAGAUGACGCCGAUGCGGGUGCUGCUCAAGAUACAGAAGAGCGAGCCGCCCGCGCUCGACCAGCCCAGCCGCUGGAGCAAGCACUUCAACGACUUCAUCUCCAAGGCGCUCGUCAAGGACCCGGAGAAGCGUCCGACGGCCAGCGAGCUGCUGAAGCACGACUUCGUCAGCGGCGAGCUCGACUCGAAGCCGCUGCGGGAGCUGCUGCUCGAGUACCGCGCCGAGGUGGUCGAGGAGGAACUGCUGGACGACGAGUCGGAGCGGCGGCGGCGGGCGCGCGCGAGCCGGGAGCAAUAUCAGAGGCAGCGCGAGUGUCAGCCGUCGUCGAAGGAACAUCGCAGCUCCCAAAUGCAGAUGGAGAUAGAAGAUGACUCGACGUCCGUCCGGUCGGGCGAGACGCCGGACAUCAAGAUGUCGGAGCCCGAGCCGGCGACGGGCGCGGCGCCCGCCCCCGCGCGCCCCACCUCCCCGCCCUCGCCGCGCGCCGCCUCACCGGCGCCCGCGACCGCGACCACGCCCGCGACCGCGACCGCGACCACGCCCGCGACCGCGCAGGCGACCGUGACCGCGCCCGCGACCGGCGCGGCGCCGGUGCCGGCGACGAAGCGGCCGCACGACGACGACCAGCCGCACGCUGACAGGAAGCCGCCCGCCCCAAAGAAAGAGAAGGGCCCCGCGCCGCCGCCGCCCGCGUCCCUCGCCACCGGCGCGACCCCUACCACCCCCACCACUCCCACGACCCCCACGAUCCCCGCGACCCCCACGACCCCUGCGACCCCGGUGACCCCGGUGACCCCGCCGCCGUCGCAGUCCCGCGGCGCGCGCAAGCAGCCCGCGCCGCCGCCGCCCACGCCGGCGAGCCCCACCACCGCGGGGAAGCUUAUCGUUGACCAGGUGUGUCGAGAAGCGGAAAAGGCGGUCGAGAAAAAAUCACAAAACACGGAAAAGAUAGACGUAACGGAAAUAGACAAACCAAAGCCAGAUAGAAUAGAGAUCAAAGACGAGAGGACAAACGUCGACGUGGACAGGCAUAGAGCGAAGAGCCUCGACGUCAACAGAAACAGCACCGAAAUAGACAGGAACAGAGUCGACUGCAAGGAGACUACAAGGAGCAUCGAAGUCGAGAAAAAGCUCGACGGCAAACCGGACGUUAGGAAUAGCACGGAAACGGAAGCGCAUAGAGCAGACGUGAAAUCCGAUAAGAGGACCAGCGUGGAGCUGGAGGGGAACAGAAUCGACGUCAGACUUAGAGAUACUAGAACGGCUGUCGACAACAAACCCAAGGCGGAUGUCAACGUGGACCUGAACAGGACAGAAAUUAAAAAGGACAUUGAGAUCAAAGUGAGCCCGGACGCGGCGGACAAGAGACUUGGCCAAGUGAACGACGUGAAGCGAAGGAGCAUGGAGAUCAACGAAGCCGUGAAGCACAACGAGAAGGUCAAGGUGAGAAAGAGUCUCGACGACGUGAGAGUCGCUGUGGAGAGACCCGGCGUUGACGUGAACGCGAAGAGUGGUGAAGAGAUUAGAGGCGACAUGGAACGCGCGCGGUCCACGGACGAGAUCGAUAGGGGCGACGGGAAGAGAGUCAGCGCCGAAGUGAGCCGGAUAGAGUCACGGUCUCGCUCCGUCGACGACAAGGAUCGAGUGGAGAUGGGAAGAGUGAUAAGAGAUUACGCGAGAUCGGGCUCGAUUGAGGAGAAUAAGGCGCAGAGCUCGUUCGAGAUACGCCCGGUUUCGGUUGCGCGUGCGCAGGCGCAGGCGCAGGCGCAGGGGCAGACGCAGGGGCGGCAGGCGGUGACGGUGGUGUCGGUGAGCGCGGAGCCGAACUCGCUGGCGGCGGCGCCGUGCGGGCUCGUCACCGUCACCACCACGCACCCGCCCGUGCUCACCACCGCCAAGCGGCUUCCGCCGAACGCGGUGACCAUAUCCAGCACGCCGCCGAUAGCCGACGAGGUGGUGAUCGUCGGCGGCGGCACGGCGAGCGUCAUCACCGGCGGCGGCACUACCGGCUCAUCAUCCGAUGAUGACUGCUUCGCGCCCUCCAGCCUCGACUCGCUGGACUGCACCGCGUGCUAUACAGAGAAGUCCCGCGGGCGGAGGCUGGACAGCAGCGAAGUGCUGAUACUGAGCCCCGGCGCGGGCGACUCGGGCGUGUUCGACGACUCGCACAACUUGAACUUGGACACGUCCCACGUCUCAGUGGUGGAGGUCGGCGCGUCGGAGGUGCGCGUCCGGGAUUCGGCCGCUACGCACAUAGCGCUGCCCGCGGAGAGCGCGCGGCUUAGCCCGGACAGCUUCGAGAGCCGGCGCUCGGACAGCGGGUCGGGCCGCUCGGAGCGGUCGCGGCGCGGCGACGCCGACUCGCUCGCGACCACCGCGUCGCACGACUCCGCGCUGCUCAACGGCGGCGCGAGGGUGAACAAAGACAGUCAGAGCAUAGAGGAGAACGGCGAGCCGGAAGUGGUGCUGCGGCGGAAACCGCAGGAGAACGCCAACAGGAUACAGAGGUCGAAGGAAGACAUCCACAUGGCGAAUCUUAAGAAGAAGACGCGCAAGCGCACGAGAAAAUUCGAGAUCGACGGCGUUGUGGUCACCACCACCACCUCCAAGGUGAUAUGGGGCGACGAGGAGAGCGGCCGCACGUGGGACGACCACGCGCUGCGCAAGCAGGAGCUGCGCGAGAUCAAGAUGCUGCAGAAGCAGGAGCAGAAGCAGUUCCAGGACCUGAACGCGAAGGAGCAGCAGCUGCGCGAGCAGCAGGACAAGAGGUUCGAGGCGGAGCUGGCGUCGCUGUGCCGCGCGCACGAGGCGGACCUGGAGACGCUGGCGCGCGCGCAGCGGGCGGCGGCCGAGCGCGCCGAGCAGCAGCUGGAGGGCGAGCUGCGCGCGCACGCCAAGCGCCUGCGCGCCGACCACGAGCGGGACCUGCGCCACUUCCGCGACGGCCUCAAGCAGGAGCUGCGGCUGCUCAAGCAGGAGGUGGAGCUGGUGGCCAAGGAGCGGCGCAAGGACGCGUACCGCGCGCGCCGCGCCCGCCUCGACGCCGAGCACGCGGCGCGCGAGCGGGCCUUCGUCGCGGCGCUCGCCGACGGCGCCGACGCGGUGCUGCGCCGCGUGCACGCCGCGCACCGCGAGCGGCAGGCGCUCGCCGACCGCCAGCACCUGCAGCAGCGCCACCAGAUAAUGCGCACGCGCGAGGCCGCCCUGUGGGAGCUGGAGGAGAAGCAGAUCCACGAGCGGCACCAGCUCGCCAAGCGGCAGCUCAAGGACGAGUUCCUGCUGCGCCGCCACCAGAUGCUCGUGCGGCACGACAAGGAGCUGGAGCAGAUUAAGAGGAAGAACCAGCGCAAGGAGGAGGAGCUCGCCAAGUGCCAGGCGCUGGAGAAGCGCUCGCUGCCGAAGCGGAUCCGCGCCGAGCAGAAGGCGCGCGAGAUGAUGUUCCGCGAGUCGCUGCGCAUCGGCAACGCGCACCCGCACGACGACGAGCGCGAGCGGCUCAAGAAGUUCCAAGAGAACGAGAAGCGCCGCUACCGCGCCGAGCAGCAGCGGCUCGCGACCAAACACGCCAAGGCGAGGGAGGAGCUGAAGGCAGCCGGGGAGGCGCUGCUCCGCGAGCUCGAGCAGUACCAGAACGAGAAGCGCAAGGCGCUGAUGAACCACGAGGGGAACAAGAUGAAGGCGAUCGAGGAGCGCUACGCGGCCGAGCUGCGCGACUGGCGCGCCACGCUCGGCGACAGGAAGCAGAAACUGAUUGAGACCUUCGAAAAACAGCUGGACGAUCACGAAAAGAAAUUCGGCAUCGCAAUACCGGACAGGCGGGUGUACCUAGACGUGCCCUGGCCGCAAAACGUGCUCCAGCACAUACUCUCGUCGUACCACCAGCGGAACUCGUUCAUUGGAUCCCUGUCCAGGUCUAGGACUAGCCUGAAUCUAGCUCUGACGACCGCGAACACACCGGACCUGGAGCGCAGGAGUUCCAGCCCGAACAGGUUGACCAAGUCGGCCGCGUCCAGCGCGACGAAUACGGCGAAACGGGGCAAAUUGAGUAAAGCGCAGAAAUUCGGCUCCACGUCCAAUUUGAAACUCGUGUCGGAGAAGAUCUCGGGCUUCUCGGUGUUCACUAAUCAGCAGCCGAUCAUGGCGUACGCGGACAUACCGAGGGAGGUGUCCAGAAUAGACGAGGAAUCGAAGGGAUUGACCCGCGCGAGGCCCGUGGACAAGAAGCUGAACCGGCAAAGCCUCAGCGAGCAUCUGUUCAAGCAGGUGAACAGUGAAGGUCAUGAGGCCAUGAGGAGGAGCGUCUCGCAGCAGAGCCUGAAGCAGGACGUGUCCAUGGAAGCGGUCGUGAUAGACAUGCCGUCGUUGGAGGGGAGAUACGACGAAAGGAGUGUGGCCAGCGUCAGCUCGAAGGGCAGCGACGAUGAGAGGCACUUCAGUAGAUGGGGACCCGUGCGGGGAUCGAACAGCUACUCGAAUGCCCCGAACGUCCCCGUUAGCCAACUGUCCACGUUGAAUUUGAAAACGGUGGCCAAGGAUAAGGGGAGGAGCCCACCGGACUCUGUUGCCUGAUAUGGUUUCGGUGUCUAGCGUAAAAAUAUAUGGUCUUUUGGUAUCGAUUUAGUGAGAUUUAAAGAGUGAUUUAUUUAGUCCGGUCGCAAAUGAAAGUUUUGUAUUUAUUAAUUUAUUCAGGUUCGAAAACUGAUUGUGCUAUUUUCCAGGAAGUCGUGAGUUUUUCUCGAUUUUGCAUGGCAAAAAACGGAUGUUUUAUAAAUUGUAAAAGUGUUUCGUGUUCAGUUUAGCGAGAGAUUUGUAUAAUUUUUUUUAAAAGAGUUUAUAUAUUAUAAUAAAUACGAUAAUUAUCACUAACGUGCCACGCAAUUUCUUGCAAUAUUCUUCCGUGACGCUUCCAUUUCGAUUGUUUAAAAUUUGCUAGUGUAUAGUAUAUUUGCCAUAGUUUUAGGAUUAUGAGCUUGUUUUACACGAUUCCUAGAAUUUCUAUUUCCGGAAAUAUUUUUCUAGAUUCUUUUGUUUGGGUCAACUUUAGCGGAGUGCUAAAAGUGCUAAAAUCCCUGUUUAAAUUGAUUAGUAAAAUUUUCAUAGUUAUAUUUCAGCCCUUUUAUGACGUAGAAUAACUCUGUAUUAUUAUUUAUUAAUAAUUUUAGUGUAGAACAUAGAAGUUAUCUUAAGUCGAUAUAUAAACAUUCCAGUAAAACAGUAAAACGGGCCAAGAGUUGACGACUGUUUUAAGAAAUUUUACGAAAGCCAAUCAAAUGUGGUUUUAUGCUAUUUAAAAGGAUAAUUAAAUUUGUUAUUUAAGUAAGCAUGUUAAUCUUUUGUAUAGAUAAUAUUUCUUGUGUAUUUUGCUAAAAUUAUACCUAGUCCUUUAUUACGAGCAUAUUUUUUCUAUUAGACUAUAUAAAGUCUAGUAAAAUAUUUAAAUUAGAUAAUAGAAUGUUACCUUGUUAUUAGUUUAGAUUCGCUUGAUUUCUCGCCGGCAUAAAAAUAUGAUAUCGUAUCGCUAUUCUAUAAUUUUUUUUUUUAUAUUUUUUCUCUUGUCCUAUUCAAAGGUGUAAAUAAAUGUUUAAAAAUACCGGGAUUUAUGCUCCUUUUUAAAAUAUCGAUUUGUUUUGUCUGACGGUUCGAUUAUGAAAAAUAAAAUGGAUCGUUAAGACGCGAAUCGGUAAUGUGAACGUUCUUGAAACGAUGUUUGAAAGAGAUAAAAUACGUCUAUUAUACAUAGUGCCAUCUCUUUCUAUAGCAUUCAAAUAUCGAAGUGCCUGUUCGUAACAUUUUCACAGUAUAUUUAAUCUAACCGUUUUAAACAUGUCUUAUAUGAACCGAGUCAAUAAAUCAUCGAUUAUGGCACUUUUUUAUCGAUUAUUCAUUGGCACGGGUUACAUUAGAAUAUUAUUCUUAAUUAGUACGGUUUGGAAUGUCACAAUGUUAAUGGCUAGCUUACACACAUACAUACAUACAUACAUACAAAUAGUGUUUGUGCCAGGAAUAGAUUUUUUACCGUGUAACUUAUUUAUUUUUUUUGUUUCAUGUUUCUUGCCUAUGUUAAUAUGAUAAUAUGAUAAUAGAGCUUUACGAAUCGGCAAUAACUAACGAUUAGGUCCAUAUUUAUUAACAUUAGUCGUAUAAUUAAUAAAAUAAUAUGAUAAUAUAAUUAACAAUGUAUAUUAUUUAUCCAUUGUGCCUAUAAAUUUUAAGUAACAGCGUGGUACUACUAGGGGUCUUAGAGCUAUACUGACUAGGCCAAUUUGGCGUGUGGAUAACUUCUAAAUUCUAUUGAUUUUAUUUGCUAUUUGAUAAUAAUAUAAUACGCUAUGUGCGAGAUCUAGAUCCGAUUUAAAAUGCCUAAAGUCUGAAACUAUUAGUAAUAUUUAAACACGCAUCGUCAUUUGUAAUGUGAUGUUAUUCCAUAGGUUUUUUAUUUGUUAAUUUCUAUAAAAAUUACAGACAAGUAUCAUUUUCUUUUCUUUUCUUAAUUUAUCGUGGAGAUGUUGUUAUCCAAGCACCGAACUGGCCUUGUGUCUAUAUAAAUUGGUCUAUAUAGACAUCGUACCCUCUAAGACUUCUUAUGUCUAUGGGCAUGUGUGAAGACAACGUUGUCUUCUAUCUCGCUCGUGCCGAUAGCGCUGUCUCUUUCGUAGUGUUAAAUCGGAGUGAGGACCCACAUCGCUUGGCAUGUUAACAAAUUCGAUAUGUAAAUAAAAAUGUUACGUUUUUAAUAUA